AUGACGAGAUGGAACAAUCGAGGACGAGGUGCUUAUAGAGGUAACUCCUCGCGACAGUGGCGUGCAAGCGCUCCUCUGCCCACGCCAGAGCUCCCUGUCGGAAAGUGUCUAGCAUCCUUGGGCGUGGCAGAAAUCGACAAGCUUGUUCAGAGUCAGCAAGUCAAAGAAACGAAGAUUGAGGAUGUGCGCUACGUCGCUUCCUACAACUGGCUCGACAGGGGAUCUGAAGCCAACAUUGUCGUUCCUGGUCAGCCACCUCGCUGGACGCCCUCGCGACAUGAUGCAAAACUCGAAAGAGACUCUGGUCAGUACUAUCGCGACAAGAAUGCGGCGAGGUUUCCGAAACAUCCUUUUGCUCCCGCCAUCGCGGCCUGUCUAGCGGCAGCCUCCUCGCCCCCUGUGCUGGCCAAUAUCAACCUCGUCGGGUGCGGAAGCACGCUGGGCAACCUCCUUCGCUUUGUACGAGGGGAAGACAGAAAGUGCAGGAUGCUUGUGCAGAAGGUGGGCCAUACCGUCUUUCUGGUCCGUCGAGAGAAUUCGCCGACGGAGCUCAUUCCCGAUGUGCGCGGUCAUGGACACACCUUUCCCGAGGCCUUUACUACGUGGGAUCCGGAGGUGAAGGGCUCUGCCUCGCACCAGCGCAUGAUCACGUACAACUUUGGUGGUCUCAAGCUUCUCGUCCGCUACGAAGCGGAUGGGUAUCUGGACACAAAGGACAAGAGUGUCGCUUCCGUCAAGAGGCCAAGCUGCGGUCAAGAAGGGCCUUCUUUGCCAGAUACAGGCAUCCCGUCGACAGCAGUCGAUGCCCUCACAGCAGCCCUGUCGAGGGGCGGAUCGCUCUCCUCCUCGCAUGUUCCCAUCGUUGGGACAGAGAUUCAUGUCCAACGGGCCGGUCGAGCCCCAGACCAGUCCCAAAUCUUUGACAUCAAGACCCGGGGCUCACACAGGCGCGACGAUGACCAUGUGGGCGCUGAACUGCCACGGCUUUGGAUCUCCCAGAUUCCCAAAUUUGUCCUGGCCUUCCACAACUAUGGUAUCUUCCGCGUGGCAGACGUCAGCGUUCACGACGUCCGCGACAGAGUGCAAGCGUGGGAGUCGGAGAAUCAGACAGCGCUCGGCAGACUGGCGGCAGUGCUGCACUACAUUAUUGACGCAUGCACGACGCAAAAGCUGGGAGCUGGGAAGCUGGAGGUCCUUAUCGAUGGGGAGGGAACGCUCAAGGUCUGCGAGCAGCGGGAGGGCGUCGGGGAUGUGCUGCCCGUGGAUCUGAGACACAGCCCCAACUUGUUCCGCGUGCCGUGGACCGCUCGACCGUCGCUAUGCUGUCAGCUCCAGCUGUCAGCAAUCAAGGCGGGCGCGGGCCGUCAUGCGUGGAAUCUCACCGUGGAACAGUACCAAGAGGUCCUCCAAUGGUUCUACGCCAACACCGUCAUCUACUUGCCGACCGCCUACUUUACCAAGGUCACACUCCUUCUCCUCACGGCGCGCGCGUACGCUAUCGAGCGAUUUGUAGCCCGCGUCAUCUUUACCUUCAUCUGGGGCUUGCUCAUCGCCUUCAUCCCUCUGCAGGUCCUGAAGAUCUUCAUUUGUAAUCCAAUUGAGUCUUUUUGGCGCCAAGAUGUCGAGGGCACAUGUCUGGCACAGCGAAGGAUCUUUGUGGCCGACGCGGCGCUGGCCGUCGUCUCUGAUGUGAUGAUCCUAGUGGUCCCCAUUGUCGUGACCAUGAAGCUACGCAUGAGCGUGGCCAAGAAGAUCAAGAUCAUGGGGCUCCUCGGGGCCGGCGGCGUGGCGAUAGCCGUGACCAUCUGGCGCCUGGUCAAGAUCGUCGAGUCGCAGUACUCGAACAACACGACAGUCAGCUGGAGGCUUCUCAAUAUCCUGACAAUCCUCGAGCUGAGCAUCGGUCUGAUGUGCUCCUGCCUACCGUCCGUCAACAUUCUCUGGGAGCGGGCUCGAUGUUCUGCGAUGGUUGGGGCCGUGUCGUACACGCAGCGUCGAACACGGAAAAAGAUGCAUGGUUUCACAACCAUGGCCAAGCGGCGUGCAAAGAAGAAGGCCAUGGUUGCUCCCUGGCUGACCGCCACACCACCGCAGGGGCAGGUGUCGACGACGUCGGACUUUGAACGGGAGCUGGCCCUCUUCUGGGGCCACGACCCAAACUCCACGGAAUCGCUCGAGGACUUGUAUGCGACGCAGCGCGCCACCUCGCUGGACGGGCGGAGGGAAGGCUGGCUGGACAACGACACACUGCCAGUACCAGCGACGGCGAUGACGGGUGCGUCGAGUUGGACUCAUCAACGUAGUGCGAUUGACAGCGCGCUCAUGACCGUGUCGGGCAACAUGGCCUGGGAGAGCAUAUGGGACGGCCAACCGAACAGGAGAAGCAAUGAGUGA